UUCUUUAUUUCUUAUGUGAAAAUGCUGCAGAAAAAUGACUCUGUUGGGGAAUUUGAAUUCAUCCCAAAUUAUAUAGGCCCAGAUCAAGCUGCUUACUGCUUAGAUUCCACUAUUCUUCACCAGACGAAUCGACUACUGCGUGCUGUAUUUUUAUAAACCUGGUAAAUUAAUGGCAGAACUAUACAUUUCCUUCUCUCUUAAACAGACCCCAUACGGUCACGCCAAACUUGACUAUUCCUUCCUGGCUUCAAUCUUCUUCCUAUAUAUACCCAAUUCAAACCUCCUCCAUUCUAUCUUCAGCUGAAUAAACCUCUCUGAAGUAGUGUUGAGUCUUGAUUGUUUGAAAGAUGUAUUCAGAAAAAGCAGAACAAUACAGUCAGAAUAAUCCCCCGCCUGCCGUUCCAGUUCAAGUUCAGGCCCCAGUCGAUUGGUCCACUGGUCUCUGCGACUGCUCCGACGAUGUUCAGAACUGUUGCGUGACAUGUUGGUGCCCAUGCAUUACCUUCGGCCAGAUCUCGGAGAUAAUCGACAAAGGAACCUCCUCCUGUGGAACCAACGGAGCGCUUUACACCCUUAUCUCGUUCGUGAUUGGUUGUCCCUUCUUGUACUCGUGCUUCUAUCGCUCAAAGCUGAGGCAGCAGUAUUUGUUGAAGGAGAGCCCUUGUGUCGACUGCCUGGUUCAUUGCUGUUGCGAGUCAUGCGCCCUGUGUCAAGAGUACAGAGAGCUCAAAAACCGUGGAUUCGACAUGUCUUUAGGCUGGGAUGGUAAUGUAGAGAAACAGAACCAGGGAGUGGCGAUGGCUCCAGUCGUGCAAGAGGGCAUGAACCGAUAGAGUGGCUGAUGAUACUGGUUAUGUUGUUUGAACUGUGAAUUUGUGGUUGUUUUAUUUAACAAAUAGGAUGAUUCUGUACUAUAUAUUGUAUGUGUAAAAGUGUUGAAUUGGCUGAGUGAUUUUCUGUUCUCUUGCAAUUUGCAUAUUUGAAUCAAAGUAAAAUAUCUGAAUAAGACAAUUAGUUCUUUCGGAUAAAUU